GUAGUCAGACCAUAGCUAAGCUGAGAGCAAAGAUGUCUUGGCGGCGAAACCAGCUACGUGCGUUUCUCGUUCUCGCCGUCAUCCUCCUCAUCACCGCAGCUACCUACCGAGCCAAUGCGCAGCCGGCGCCUCCAGCAGACCCAACGCCAGCCGCUGACACCUGCGCCGACCCCAGCGUGGAAGGGGCGUGCCGCAACGUCCCGAAGGCGCUGCGCCUGAAGCUGAUCGCCAUCCCGACGAUCCUCGUCUCCAGCGUGAUCGGCGUGUGCCUGCCGCUCUUGUCCCGCUCUGUGCCCGCGCUCCGCCCCGACCGCAACCUCUUCGUCAUCGUCAAGGCCUUCGCCUCAGGCGUCAUCCUCGCGACGGGCUACAUGCACGUGCUCCCGGACUCCUUCAGCAACCUCACCUCGCCGUGCCUGCCGCGGAAGCCGUGGGCCGAUUUCUCCUUCACCACCUUCGUCGCCAUGCUCGCCGCCCUGUUCACGCUCAUGGUGGACUCGCUCAUGCUCAGCUUCUACAACCGGAGGAAGGGUGGCAACACCUCCGGCCGACGCACUAGCGGCGCGGUCGCCGACCACGAGAGCCCGGCGCAUGAGCACCACUGGCACAGCCACGGCCAUGGACAUGGACAUGGACAUGCUGGGGGCAUCGUGGUGGCUGACAAGCCCGAGGACGAUGAGGCCAGCCAGGUGCAGCUCCGCCGGAACCGCGUUGUCGUUCAGGUCCUGGAGAUGGGCAUCGUCGUGCACUCGGUGGUGAUCGGGCUGGGCAUGGGAGCGUCGCAGAACGUGUGCACCAUCCGGCCGCUGGUGACGGCGAUGUGCUUCCACCAGCUCUUCGAGGGCAUGGGACUCGGCGGCUGCAUCCUGCAGGCGGAGUACGGCGCGAAGAUGAAGGCGGGGCUGGUGUUCUUCUUCUCCACGACGACGCCGUUCGGGAUCGCGCUGGGGCUGGCGCUCACCAAGGUGUACAGGGAGAACAGCCCCACGGCGCUCAUCGUGGUGGGCCUGCUCAACGCGGCCUCGGCGGGGCUGCUCCACUACAUGGCGCUCGUGGAGCUCCUGGCCGCCGACUUCAUGGGGCCCAAGCUGCAGAGCAGCGUCAGGCUCCAGCUCCUCUGCUUCCUCGCCGUCCUCCUCGGCGCCGGCGGCAUGUCCAUCAUGGCCAAGUGGGCGUGAUCGUAUUCGUAUCUGAGACGACAUGACACAGUACUGUUACACCAACACUGCCUGCAGUCUAGCUAUCUGCAAGACUGCAUCGCUGCAUGCAUGUUCCUCCUAUAGCUGGCUGUUGUAUCAUUUCGCGUGCUUCGUUGCUCCGUGCGCUUCCGUGUCGCCAUCAGGAAGCUAGGUAUAUAUUAGACGCAGAUAGCGUUGUUGUCAUGACUAUUCAACGUCCACGGUACAAUACAAAAGUAGUACUCUAUCUAUGUAUUAACUAUGUUCUUAAAUAUUUGUCGUGGUAAAUAAAAAAACAAUAUAAAUAGUA